AUGGCUAGCUUUGUUGAUAGGCUACGUGCACGGCCAGACCGUACACCAGUUUAUACUUUUAAUGAUUCUGAUUCUGAUACCGAAGAUGACUUUGUUUCAAAGAAAGAUUUGAUUAUUGAACAGGUUGAAGAAGUAGCCGAAAGAGAACCGGUCAGUUCUCUUAUCCGAAUGGAAAAGAUCUUGAAUUGUGAAAUGUGUUCUACAGCAUCUAAUGAUCUAGAUUCCAAUAAUUUGGUACAAACGCCAGUGUUCAUCAAACAAUAUCUGUUAAAAUGGAAGGGCUUAUCAUACCUCCACUGCUCUUGGGUUCCUGAGAAAGAAUUCGAAAAAGCUUAUAAAUCUAUCCCUCGUUUAAAAACAAGGGUAAAAAAAUUUCAUUUAAAAAUGGAGUCAAUGAAUUAUAAAGGAGAAGAUUUUGUAGCUAUUCCUCCUGAAUGGACUAUUGUAGACCGGAUAAUUUCUUGCAGGGGAGAAGAUGAUAAGAAAGAAUAUCUGGUGAAAUUCAAAGAACUUCCUUAUGAUGAAUGUUACUGGGAAUCUGAAUCAGACAUCUCAGCUUUCCAAAACGAAAUCCAAAGGUUCAAAGAUAUUAAUUCAGGUCACCAAAAAAGAAAUUUUGAAUAUGAUCAAAAAGAUCAUAAAGAUUUCAUCCACUUUGAUCAUACACCUGAAUUUCUUACAGGUGGAUUAUUGCAUCAGUACCAGCUUGAAGGGCUUAAUUUUUUGCGGUUUUCGUGGUCAAAGCGAACUCAUGUAAUUCUUGCCGAUGAGAUGGGGUUAGGCAAAACAGUUCAAAGCAUUGCCUUUUUAGCUUCGCUUUUUGAGGAAAACUUGGCUCCGUAUUUGGUAGUUGCUCCUCUCUCGACUCUACGAAAUUGGGAGAAAGAAUUUGCCACCUGGGCCCCUCAUAUGAAUGUGGUUAUGUACGGUGGUACUUCUCAAGCUCGUGCUGUUAUUAGAGAACAUGAGUUUUACUUCCCAAAAGGAAUGAGUGGAGGCAGUUGGGAAAGCAAGCAGGACAGAAUUAAGUUUGAUGUCAUCCUCACAUCUUAUGAGAUGAUCAACAUGGACACAGCAGACCUAAAACCAAUUAAGUGGAAAUGCAUGAUUGUUGAUGAAGGCCAUCGGCUGAAAAAUAAGGAUUCAAAGUUGUUCUCUUCACUGAAGCAGUAUACUAGUGAGCAUCGUGUUCUUUUGACGGGAACACCACUUCAGAACAACUUGGAUGAACUUUUCGUGCUCAUGCAUUUUCUUGAUGCGAACAAGUUUGACAGCUUGGAGGAGUUCCAAGAGCAAUUCCAGCAUAUCAAUCAAGAGGAGCAGAUAUCAAGGCUCCACAAAAUGUUGGCUCCGCAUCUGCUCAGAAGGUUAAAGAAAGACGUGCUGAAGGGCAUACCUCCUAAGAAGGAGCUCAUUUUGCGGACUGAUCUGAGCAGCAAGCAAAGAGAAAUUUACAAAGCUAUUAUCACCAGAAAUUACAAAAUAUUGGCAAAAAGUGGAGGAGCUAAGGUAUCGAACGUGUUAAUGGAACUACGGAAAGUUUGUCUGCAUCCGUAUAUGUUUGAAGGUGUGCUGCCAGAGUUUAAAGAUGCACAUGAAGCUUUUAAACAUUUCUUGGAGUCUUCUGGAAAGUUUCAACUUUUAGAUAAAAUGUUGGUCAGACUAAAAGAGCAAGGACACAGAGUUCUCAUAUACACACAGUUUCAGCACAUGCUCAACUUACUUGAAGACUACUGUUUUUAUAAGAAAUGGUAUUGCGAAAGGAUCGAUGGGAAGGUCGGCGGAGCUGAGAGGCAAAAACGGAUUGAUCGGUUUAAUGCGGAAAACUCGAACCGGUUCUGUUUUUUGCUCUCUACAAGAGCUGGAGGGUUAGGGAUAAACCUUGCAACCGCCGAUACCGUCUUCAUUUACGACAGUGACUGGAAUCCCCAUGCGGAUCUUCAGGCUAUGGCUAGAGCUCAUCGGCUUGGCCAGACAAAUAAGGUGAUGAUUUACAGGCUGAUAAACCGAGGUACUGUUGAAGAGAAAAUUGUGCAAGUGAGUAAAAAGAAAAUGCUGCUGGAGCAUCUCGUUGUGGGAAAAAUGCAAUCUCAAAAACUUAGCCAGGAAGAGUUAGAUGACAUCAUCAGGUAUGGUUCCAAGGAGCUUUUCUCAGAAGAAAAUGAGGAAGCUGGAAAUUUCGGAAAAAUUCAUUAUGAUGAUGCUGCUAUCGAAAAGUUGCUUGACCGUGAUCUUUUAGAUGCUGAGGACGUCUCAUUGGAUGAUGAAAAGGAAAAUGGGUUUUUAAAGGGUUUCAAGGUGGCGAAUUUUGAGUAUAUAGAUGAAAACGAGGCACCCGCAUUGGAGGAGGCACAAGCUAUAGAAAACAAGUCUUCAGGAGGCAAAUCUGAUAGAGCAAAUUACUGGGAAGAUUUGUUGAAAGACAAAUUUAAAGUGCAACAAGCUGAGGACCUCAAAGCUCUUGGAAAGAGAACGAGAAGCUCUAAGAAGUACACUGAAGAAGAUGAAAUUGCUGGUUUAGAAGAGAGCUCUGAUGAUGAAGCAGCUGAUCCAACUGAUCAUAAUGAAGCAGCUGAUCCAACUGAUCAUAAUGAAGCAGCUGAUCCAACUGAUUACAAUGAAGCAGCUGAUCCAACUGAUCAUAAUGAAGCAGCUGAUCCAACUGAUCAUAAUGAAGCAGCUAGACAGGGAAAUCAGGUGGCUAAAAGGCCUUAUUACACUAGAAGAACUCGCGAUAACUCGGAGCCAAUACCUUUGAUAGAAGGCGAAGGGAAAUAUCUCCGGGUGUUGGGUUUUAGCGAGAUGCAAAGGAAGACUUUCUUAAAGACUGUGAUGAGGUACGGUUUUGGCGACUAUGAUUGGAAGCAGUUUGUUCACCCCUUAAAGCAGAAGACCUAUGAUGAAAUAAAAGAUUAUGGAAUCCUUUUUAUGAAGCACUUGGCGGAAGACGAUAGUGAAGAAACUUCACUUACUUUUUCAGAUGGAGUCCCCAAAGAAGGGCUAAAACGUGAAGAUGUACUUGUCAGAAUUUCUCUUCUGAUGCUCGUUGAGGAGAAGUUGAAAUUUUUGGAAGACAAUCCGGAAAAACCUGUUUUCCCUGACCACAUCGUCCAAAGAUUCGGUGGACUAAGAGGUCAAAGAUCUUGGAAGCAGGAACAUGACAAGUUACUGCUCCGUGCUGUCUCCAAGCAUGGGUUUGGAAAAUGGCUAACCAUUCUUGAUGACAACGAGUUGGGGAUCGAAGAGUUCAUCUGCAAAGAAUUGAAAUUUCCUUAUAUGAUUACUAUCAACCCGAUGCUUAAGCACAGAGAUACGCAGAGAAGAUUUGGUGACUUUUUGAGAAGACGUUUUCAAGUUCUGGAGACGGCCAUGAAUUAUGAGUAUGCUUUAGAGUACCAUGGACUACAAAAUGGUCCAUCUCCGAUACUACAAAAUGAUGAACAAGUGGAAGCUACUGAAACAGAGGUGAUGGAUACAGCAGGAGCGAGCGUUAAUGAUGAUGUUGAGAUGAAGGACUCAGAAGAGAAAGCUGCAGAAGAUGUUGAUGUUAAUAUGGAAGAUGCAGAAACUAACGUCACUGUGUUAGAUUGA